AUGUUAAAAAGUCAAUCAUCCCUCUCCAGACGUAACCUCUUGUUCUUUGGCAAAUGCCCUUCAUGCAACAAAGUCAACACCAGCUACAAUCACUGUACCCAAUGCUCGAACUGGAUCAAAACCACUGCUUCCACGCUGUCUACCCUUGAUACCUAUGAUCCAUCUUACAGAGAAAUCCUAUCGGAGCUUGAGCAAAAGAGGAAAACUUUGAAAGAAUCCAUUUGCAAGAAGUGCGAACAAGCGAUGCACAUGCACAAAAGGUUAAUGGGAUGUGUGGAAUGUGGUGCCCCUCAAAAAGAUUUAGAAGAGUUGCAGAAGAUGGCGGUGCAGGUGAAGGGGAGGAUUCAUGUCAUGGAUAUUGAUAAGAUAAUGAACAAGGAGACACUGAAUGCCGAAAACGACGAGUUACCAAAAUGUGAAAUAUGUGAGACGAACAGUAAUACAUAUUGGGCAAUGUGUCCGAGGUAUUAUCCUAUUGAUGAAAUUUUGGCUGAAGAGGUUAUAAAGGUGCAACCAAAUGAUCCCGAUUUUCGAAAGAUCAACGACAUUCUGCUGCAUGCAGAAAAUAUAGCCAAAGUGUCUAAAAGGUUACGACAGAAAGAACAAGAGGCUCAACAGGCUGAAAUUAAAAGGCAAGAAGAGGAAAUGAUGCUACAAGAAGAAUUGCACCAACAGGAGCUACAAAGAGCAUUACAAAGGGAAAAGCUGGAGGAACAGAAGCAACAUUAUCAGUACGAGCUAUCAUAUCAACAUCAAUUCGAAAUUCUCGAGAGGCAGCAAUCACACCAACAAUACCAGCCACAAUUUAACGAUUAUGAGCUCCCAUCAAAGAAAGAUGAUCAACCAUAUGGUUAUGUACAUACGCAGAGCCACAAACAAAAUUUUUCAUCGAGCGAAUCAAACCUUCCAUUACUAAAUCCAGAACCUCAACUCGCUCAAUAUGAUCAAACUGAGGCAAGGUGGAAUCAACCAGCGGAUAGGACCUACGACAGUCAACAAUCGGAACAGCAACCGAACAUACAAGAGAUGAGGAACUUGCAAGUUAACCAAUUGUAUGCAUACGACGCGAAUGACAGAUCUCUGAGGGCCAGUGUCAAUUCUGUUAAUUCUAAUACGAGCAGCAACGGUAAAAGUAAUAUAUUUGAUGAUGACUGCGAUUAUCAAACGGUUUUAAGGUUCAAUUCAUGA